UCCCGUAAAGUGAUUCAAGGAGAAGUCUCAUUCAAACAGAUUAUACCGAACAACGACUCGAAAUUAACUCCAGUCAAUGUCAUUUUCUUUACUGAUGUAAUGAAUCAAGUCAUUUCCGAAACGCCGUUAAACACUCUUUUGUAUAACGACAGUGACAUCAUUGAUUGUUUCAUGUAUGUCAAAGAAUUUGAACAAGCAGCGUAUUUUCAAUAUAGUCUUGGUGAACAGUGUUUGGAGUUGACGAGUAAAGAGAUCGAAGACAACAUGUGUUUUCCCGAAAACGUCUUUGAGAAGUUGUUUGUGAUAGUGAAAAGCUUUUCUGGAGCGAUGUCGUUGUUCAUGACAGUUGGCAAUUCGGUCUGGACGAAAAAGUGUUCCCAACAUAUCUUAGAAGUCAUCUUACAAAUCAUUUUCGAUAACGUUCAAAUCAUCGGACUGGGGAAUGACAUUUUUAUGGUGAGUGGGAUGUUGUGUUAUUUCAAUUCAUUUGAUGACGCGAACAUGUUUGCGUGGGCUUAUCACAUAGAUGAGACGUGUAAAUGGGCGAGUGCGUUAUAUCAGCAAUGUGUUGUGAUGGGCAAUUUACAGUAUUUACGAGACUGGGCGGAGUGUUAUGAUAUGGAUAAAAAGACGUUAGGAUGUCUUGAAGAGAUCAAAGGGCGUUCGAAGAAGUUUCUUGAGCGGUGGGAAGUGUUUUAUGAUUUGGUUGAGUCGUUGUGGCCGUUUGUUGUUUCGAUGAGAUAUGAAGAGAAAGUGAUUGUCGAGAAAGUGCGCUCGUCACGACAUAAACUGACGUUCAAUUUCAAUGUGAAGUGA